UGACAUUAGAGGUAGGCAGGGUGAGUGUGUGUGUCUGAGGGAGAGAGAGGAAAAGAGAUAAUAAAAGUGUGGCUUUUUUUGCAUGACUCAUAAGAGCCAGCAGUUAAAACUGAUCAGAUCCACUUAUAGUCCCUAAGAUGUGCUGAUGGGUGAGAACCUAACUGCUUGGAGGGUUUAUUAAGUGGGCCAGUUGCCAUAGCGACGCUUUGGCAGGAUAUUGCCAGGAUAAGCCGUAAUGGGUCUCCUGACGCAAUUCACUCUGCUCCUGUGGAAGAACUUCACUCUCCGGAAGAGACAAAAGGUGCGGCUGGUCGUUGAAGUGAUAUGGCCUCUAUUUCUCUUCUUCAUACUGGUGUGGGUGCGGUCCACCAAUGAGCCACUUCAUCAAGGCCAAUGCCACUACCCAAACAAAGCCAUGCCAUCGGCUGGCGUGCUGCCCUGGCUUCAAGGUAUGAUCUGCAACGUCAACAAUCCCUGUUUAAACUAUUCCACACCGGGGGAGGCACCAGGCCAAGUCAACAACUUCAACAACUCAAUAAUUGCCGGGAUGUUGAUAGAGCUGCAAACCCUCCUGGUCAACAGAUCUAUUCUCAGCAAGGCACAGUUGCUGGCAGAUGACCUCGCCCAGUGGGAUUCAGUCCUCUCACAGUCUACCCUUGGUAAUGCUCAACCAAUGAUCCUAAGGAGUAUUCUCAGAGACAAUGAAGCUUUCUCCACUUACCUGAAAGAGAAUUUGUCGGUUCAACCAUCAGUGGUCCAAAGUCUCAUGAAUGCUGGGAUUAAACUCAAUCCAAUGAUGGACGUCUCGAGGCCGGGCAACCUGAAGAGCAUCCUGUGUGAGGGGACAGAUCUGGAUAAAUAUAUCCGAUUUAGCAGCACAGCUGAAAAGGUGGCUUUUCAAAAUGUCAGCUGCUCCCGCACUCCACAGCAGCUGAUUAACGCCCAACAAGUACUUCUUCAAAACCUGGAUGCGGGGAAAGUGCUUUCUAAGGUACCUUCAGCUUUGAAUCUGAAUGCAGCACUGAUGGGGAAAACCACUCAAGAUGCGUUACUAGUGAUUGAGGAGAUGACCAGGUUGCAGAACUCCAUGAUCCUUAAAGCUGCUAGUUCACUGGAUUUCCAAAACGACAUGAUUGGCAGUUUAAAUAGGCUACUGUGUGAAAACCAGCCCAACACCAGUUCAAGCUUAGGUAGACAGAUGGAUAACAAGAAGUCGGUCUCCAUUACGGGCAACAGCUCCGAUGCUUUUUGUCAGACUCUUGUCAACACCCUGGAGGGCACACCUGGUCUGCGCUACAUUUGGAACACCUUCAAGCCGUUAUUGCAAGGCAAAGUCCUCUACACACCUGAUACACCUGCUGUUCGCCUCAUGAUGAAAGAGGCAAACAGCACAUUCCAUGCCUUGGCUAUGCUUAAAGAGCUCGCUGAUUUGUGGGAUGAACUAGGGCCACGUGUCUGGGAUUUCCUCCAAAAUAGCAGUCAAGUCAAUUCAUUACGGGCUUUGCUGGCGAAUCCAGUGUUUGCUGCUCUCCUCAACCAGCGUCUCAACGGCACACAAUGGACAGCAAGCCUGCUGGCCAACUUCCUGUACAACGGGCCUCCAAAGGGUCGUCCACCAGGCCUGCCACCCUAUGACUGGCGAAAUGCUUACAACUCCACUACAGGGAUCCUGAAGCUUCUCUCCAGCUUUCUUGGUUGUUUAGACCUGAAUAAGUUUGAGGCAGCCCCCACUGAAAGCCGUCUGGUGGGCAGAGCACUGGAGCUUCUGCAGAAUGGUACAUUCUGGGCUGGUGUUGUCUUUGAAAACCUCCAGCCAAACUCCAACCAACCUCCUCCUUAUGUCAGAUACAAAAUACGCAUGGACAUUGAUGAUGCUGAGCGUACCAACAAAGUGAAAGAAAGGUUAUGGUCUCCCGGAGCUCGAGACAACUCCUUUAACGACCUGCGCUAUAUAUGGGGAGGCUUCGCCUACCUGCAGGAUAUGAUGGACCAUGGCAUUAUACGAGUGCAAACAUCAAAGACACAACCCCUGGGUGUUUUUGCCCAGCAAAUGCCAUACCCUUGCUUUGUGAAUGACGCUUUCAGUCAGAGUAUUGGAAACAUCCUCCCCAUGUUCCUGGUGCUGGCCUUUAUGUACACUGUGUGCAUGACCAUCAAAAGCCUUGUGCUGGAGAAGGAACUCCGGCUCAAGGAAGUGCUGCGUGUUGUCGGCAUUCAAAACGGUGCGCUUUGGUCUGCGAGGUUCACAGAGAACAUUGUUCUGCUCGCAGUUCCCUGUGUGCUCAUAAGUGUCAUGCUUAAGUAUGGCAAGGUGCUACAAUACAGCGACCCAUCAGUAAUCUUUGUCUUCCUGCUGGUGUUCUGCCUAGCCACCAUCAGUCAGUGCUUCCUCAUUAGCGUCUUCUUCUCUAAGGCCAAUUUAGCAGCGGCGUGCGGGGGACUCAUCUACUUUGUCCUCUACCUGCCGCACAUCCUCUGCUACGCCUGGAGCGACGUCAUGGGUUUUCAGGCCAAGGUUGUUGUGAGUUUGCUGUCAUGUGUGGCCUUUGGCUAUGGCUGUGAAAACUUUGCCAAGUAUGAGCAGCAAGGCAUCGGUAUUCAGUGGUACAACAUCAGAAAGAGUCCAGACGAUGGGGAACGCUACAGCUUUGUCGUCUCCAUCAUCAUAAUGCUCUUUGAUGCUGCUUUUUACUGGGUGCUCACCUGGUACAUCGAAAAUGUCUUUCCAGGACAAUAUGGAAUUCCGAAGCCAUGGUACUUCCCUUUUACUGCAUCUUACUGGUGUGGGAAAGCCACAGUGACUGGCGUUGACCACGGCUUGCUGAAGGACUCCACUGUAUAUAAUGAGUAUCUGGAGAAACCAGCACCUGGUAUGAAAGCAGGGGUUUCAAUCCGCAAUCUUGUUAAAAUCUACAAGACUGGAAAGAAGCUCGCUGUGGAUGGACUGAGUAUGGACUUCUACGAGAAUCAGAUCACAUCUUUUCUUGGCCACAAUGGAGCCGGAAAAACAACCACAAUGUCAAUUCUGACAGGGCUGUUCCCACCUACAUCAGGAACAGCGCUCAUCAACGGAUAUGACAUCCACACGGACAUGGACAGCAUCCGAAAGUACUUGGGAAUGUGCCCACAGCACAACGUCUUAUUCAAUGAGUUGACAGUGGAGGAGCAUAUCUACUUCUACGCCAGGCUGAAAGGAUGCAGCCACAAUGAGGUGAAACAUGAGAUGGACCAGAUGAUAAAGGAUGUCGGUUUACCACAUAAGCGGAAGGAUCUUGCUAAGAACUUGUCAGGUGGGAUGCAGAGAAAGCUGUCUGUGGCUAUAGCAUUUGUCGGCGGCUCAAAAAUCGUCAUCUUAGAUGAACCUACAGCGGGAGUGGACCCCUAUGCACGCAGGGGUAUCUGGGACUUGCUGUUAAAAUACAAACAAGGUCGCACCAUCAUUUUGUCUACACAUCACAUGGAUGAGGCAGACAUCUUAGGUGAUCGCAUUGCUAUCAUCUCCCAUGGCAAGCUGCGUUGCUGUGGCUCCUCACUCUUUCUAAAGAAAUAUUUUGGCAGCGGCUACUACCUCACUCUGGUCCGAGAGGAGGCUGAAAAGAUGACAGCUCAACGUAAUGGUAUCAAACACAGUCAGGACAAAGAGGAGAAAGAUUGUCCUUCGAGGGACAGCAGCCCAGAUGAUGGCAUCAGCAGCCAAAGCUGGGACAACUCUGGUCAUUCAGCAGAUUUGACAGCUGUGGGUCAAAUUGUGCGGUGCCACGUCCCUGAGGCAGUCUUCUUGGAGAGCAUUGGUCAAGAGAUCACCUACAUACUGCCUUACGGUGGAGCCAGAGAUGGGACCUUUGCACUGCUGUUCCAAGAGCUUGACCUAGCCAUGGCUGACCUUGGUCUGACUAGCUACGGCAUCUCCGACACCACGCUGGAGGAGAUAUUUCUUAAAGUGGCAGAAGAUACCGGAGUGGAUGCAGAAAUACCAACAACAAAGGAGGUGUUGGUGAGAGACUGCAAAAGAAGCUCCCGCACAUCCAAGCGGAACAGCAUCGCCAGCGUCCACAUGAAAACAGAGCAAGUCUCUAAAAUGAGAGAAUUGAAGGAAAAAUUCACAAGUAAAGUGGAUGACUUAAAGAGGAUUGCUAGUGUCAGUGGGAAGGGAUCCAUGGUCAUCACUGGAUGGGAGCUGAUCAGGAGGCAGUUCCUUGCGCUUUUCAUCAAGCGCUUCCACCACGCCCGAAGGAGCCGCAAGGGACUCAUUGCCCAGGUGGUCCUGCCUGCUGCGUUUGUGUGCCUGUCUCUGAUCUUCUCGCUCAUCGUUCCGCCUUUCACUGAAUAUCCGAGUCUGGAGCUGCAACCCUGGAUGUAUGGUCUGCCUCAAACCACCUUUUACAGCAAAGAUACGCCUGAUAAUGUGGAGGUGUCUAAGGUUGUGGAAACCUUGGUAAACAAGCCUGGCUUUGGAACUCGCUGUAUGAAUGGAGACCCAAUACCGAAGUUACCAUGUUCAGCUAGUGGCUCUGAAUGGGUAACUCCAUCUGUGGAUCAGUCCGUCACUGACAUUUUCCUCAACGGUAACUGGAACAUGUCCAACCCUUCCCCCUCCUGUAAGUGCAGCACACCUGAACGGACGAUCAUGUUACCUGACUGUCCACCUGGUGCAGGAGGGCUCCCUCCACCUCAGAGAGUCCAGAACACAACAGACACAUUGUUGGAUUUAACUGGACGUAACGUGACAGAUUUCUUGGUCAAGACUUUUGAACGCUCUGGUAAAACAAGGUACGGGGGCAUCUCUGUUGGAGCGGUCAACUCUCAAGUCCGUCUGACUGAGGCAGCAAUCGAAGCUUCUUUCAGGGAUCUAAAAAACCUAUUCAGUUCAUUUCAGGAUAAUCUGACUGAUCGGAUCUUCCAGAAUGCAGAGACACUACUAAAGAAGCUGGGAACCAGGGACAACGUAAAGGUGUGGUUCUACAACCAGGCAUGGCACGGCAUGGUGUCCUUCCUCAGUGUGGCCAACAACGCCAUCCUGAGAGGAAAUCUGCCAGCAGGACAGGACCCCCGCCAGUAUGGCAUCACCGUGUCCAAUCACCCCCUCAACCUCACCAAGGAGCAGCUCACCUCCAUAGCCAUGGCCGCAACCUCCACCGACUUGGUGGUGUCCAUCUGCGUUAUCUUUGCCAUGUCCUUCAUCCCUGCCAGUUUUGUCCUCUUCCUCAUCCAAGAGAGGGUAAACAAAGCCAAGCAUCUGCAAUUUGUCAGUGGAGUUAACCCAGCUGUCUACUGGUUGGCCAAUUUUGCCUGGGACAUGUGUAACUACAUCAUCCCAUGCUUGAUUGUGAUUGUGAUCUUCCUCUGCUUCCAACAAAAAGCCUAUGUUUCACCUCCUAACCUGCCUGCUUUGAUUCUGCUGCUGAUUCUGUAUGGGUGGUCCAUCACCCCCAUGAUGUACCCUGCCUCCUUUAUCUUCAGCGUGCCCAGCACAGCCUAUGUGGUGCUGACCUGCAUCAACCUCUUCAUUGGUAUUAACGGCAGCAUAGCCACCUUUGUUAUGGAGCUCAUCAAUGAUGAUAAUAUCUCCCGCAUCAACGACAUAGUGAAGCAGGUGCUGCUGAUAUUCCCACAUUUCUGUCUCGGCAGAGGGCUAAUUGACAUGGCCAAGAACCAGGCAACAGCCACCCUGUUCAGCAGUUUUGGGGAAGACCGUUUCAAAGACCCGCUCAGCUGGGACAUGGUGGGAAAGAACCUCUGCGCCAUGUCCAUCCAGGGAGCUGUCAUGUUUGCCAUCACAAUCCUCAUCCAGUACAAAUUUUUCUGCAAGCCAAGGCUUAUUUCAGGGAAGCCAUUAUCUGCAGAGGAAGAGGAUAUCGAUGUUGCUCGGGAACGAGGACGGGUUUAUGAAGGCAAGGCCCAGAGCGACCUUCUGAGGAUCUAUGAUCUCACUAAGAUCUACUCUGGGAAGAGCACCCCUGCCGUGGACAGGCUAUGUGUGGGAGUACCUGCCGCAGAGUGUUUCGGCUUGCUUGGAAUCAACGGGGCUGGAAAAACCACCACGUUCAAGAUGCUGACAGGAGACAUCCCAGUCUCCGGUGGAGAGGCCUUCCUAAAUGGAUACAGCAUAAGAACAGAAAUGAGGGACGUGCACCAGAACCUGGGCUAUUGUCCCCAGUUUGAUGCUAUUAAUGAGCUGCUGACUGGUCGAGAGCAUCUGGAGUUUUACGCCAGGCUACGAGGGGUACCAGAAAAAGAGAUCACCAUGGUGGCCGAGUGGGGGAUCCAAAAAUUGGGCCUGGUCAAAUAUUCCAACAAGCCAGCAGGAACCUACAGCGGUGGGAACAAACGCAAACUUUCUACAGCAAUGGCCCUGAUCGGUUGUCCUCCAGUGAUUUUCCUGGAUGAGCCAACCACUGGGAUGGACCCCAAAGCCCGACGCUUCCUGUGGGACUGCAUCUUGAGUGUCAUUAAAGAGGGACGCUCAGUCAUCCUCACAUCACACAGUAUGGAGGAGUGUGAAGCACUGUGCACACGCAUGGCCAUCAUGGUCAACGGCCGCUUCAAGUGCCUCGGGAGCAUUCAGCAUUUGAAGAGCCGAUUCGGAGAUGGCUACACAGUAAUUGUGAGGGUUGGUGGCUCUCCUCCUGCAUUGAAGCCAGUUGAGGACUUUGUCCAGCAGUCCUUCCCUGGCAGUAUCCUGAAGGAGAAGCAUCACAACACACUGCAGUAUCAGCUACCGUACAUACAGGGAGCUUUGGCCAACAUAUUCAGCCAGUUCACCAGUCAUCAGCAGAGGCUGGGUGUGGAAGACUACGCUGUGUCCCAGACCACGCUGGAUCAGGUCUUUGUGAACUUUGCAAAGCACCAGCAGGGAGAGGACGACUCUAAGGCCUAUUACAACACAGUGGACACUUCAGAUGAGCUGCCAUUACAGUCUGUGAAGACCUUCCAAGAGGCAGAGAAGGUGUAACGCCCAUAAAACACAAUGCACUUACAAUGGGCCAGCACUAUGUCUUAAACAACUUCCAAUGGGUCUUUUUUGCUCAGCCUUAUUCAGUCUCCAAGCCCAACAAUAUCUGGUAUUUGUCAACAAUGACAUGCACUAGUUUGUGUUGUCUUUUUCUAUAACCAUUUUUUCCCAAGCUUAACCAACUAAUCUAAAUAUUUACAGUGUACAGUGAGUGAACACUGAAAACAACUUUCCAGCUCACUAAGUUAUCUUUUGUCUAUAAUUAAAUCCCAAAACCUUGUUUUCUUAAUAAGAAUAUUUUAUAUAUAAUACUUGUCUAGACAACCAUUUGGUUGGAAUACUAUAUUUCACAAAGGCUCAACAAAUGAGACAACGGCAGUUAGAUUUAGCUUGGGGUAUAUUGCUUACCUUAUCAUAGUGUAGGAGAAUUUCAUGACCAAAUGAUCAUCUGAAAGCAUCAUACAUUGCACAACAUUUGCGAUAUCUCAGGAUUGAACUUCAAAUGUGACUACAUUUGAGAUUUGUUUGUUUUCUCUUGGUUAUAAUGUUAAUAUGUUGCACUGUAAAACUAUAUAAAAGAGAGGAGCUUGCCCUGAUUGGUGGGUGUGAUCCGCUCAGAUAUUGGGCAGACAUACAUAUUUAUAGACACAUCACUAAAUAUCAAUAGGCAACUAAUGUUGCACAGAAUAUUUUGUCCAAAACCACAUUAAACCUCAGUGAAUUCCUACCUCACGUUGUGAUUUGCUGACAGGGACUUUAAUGAUUGCCCCUGAAUAGAAAUCAUAACAACUCUGUCAGAUGUACUGGCUUUGAAAGUCUGAAAGAGCCUCUAAUCAGCUGUAGAUGGUGUUUAAUUAAAGUGAUUGAGGUUACAGCAGUGGGACAGCACAGAGUCAACCAACUGUCAAACAUCUUUGGUCUGCAAGAAAGACAGCACCUCCCAUGUGUGCACCCACCACCAGCGAGACCUCCACUACCACCACCAGAGCCUUUGUGAAUGUAACUACACAUAUCAGAAUAUAUAAUGAAUGUAUAAGCAACAACAGAUUUGUAUUUUAUUUAAAUUUGUGAAAUCUAUUUUAUGUCGCACUUAUUAGCAGGAUCUAAAUAAACUAUCCCUGAGAGCUUUUUUUGUCACAGGGCAUGGUGGUGUUGCCACUGGUCAGUAUCACAGUCCCCCUCAUGCAGGUACAGUGAUUUGACACAACAUGCCUUGUAAGCACUUUAACAAUCAAUGGACGCUGGAGAACAGCAUGCUUUAUUUACAAUGUUAACAUGUUAUAUUAUGCUAGUAUAUAGGCACAUUUUUGAUUGUAAUUAUUGCUAAGCCCCACCCCUUACGUUACCAUAGCUAUGCCUAAUGAGUUUACCAUUUAGAUAUAUGCAGCUUACAAUGAUAACCACUCAGAAAACAAAACAAAGAAUGUUUUUAAAUUGUAAAAUGACCUAUCUGCCAUUCGUUUUUUUUUAAAUAAAAUUACACAACAUAGCUCUAAUAUGUACAUAUAUUAUAUUGCAAACUUGGACAAACAAAAUCCAAAACUGUCAUAUGGUCUGUUCUGCAUUUCUCAGACAAAAUAUCGCUCAGGAAUGUGCAAUUGUGACUCAGGAAUAUCUACAUCUACAUGCAAAUAAAAAUAAUUAUUCAUAGCUGCAUUCUUAUUCUUUUCAACAUUCUGCUCUGUAUUGUACAACACUGAGAGAUUGUAAUUGUCCUAACGAUUAAAAACCUUUUGUUAUGCAGCUUACAUUACUUGGCACUUACUUUAGAAUGUAAAUACUUCUUUACUUCAUCCAUCAAAGGCACUCUGGUGUACUUUUCAACCUCCACGUAAUUAGUUUGCUGUGCUAAGUCCUCACAUUACUAUCAUGCCCGUUGCAAAGAAUAAUGAAUCCUAUUUGUACUGAAUAUUGCUUCAUGCCAAGACAAAUUAUUAAACAUGCACAAAUUGU